CUUUGCGGCUGGUAACCUUCGACUUCCGCUCCAGUGAAAACAAGCCGAUCAGCUGAUCUGACCUGGCAACAACAUUCACCCGAAUCUACCGGGGAGGGGAAUCAUUUUACAAGCUGGUGGGGAAAAACAGUUAUCUUGACAUCAACCGGCUUAUUAAUUUGUGUGUUUAUCAAAGGGUCGUUGUCGUGUGCGAGGUUUCAGGGAAUUCAGCAGCUUGUUUGAUGAAAAUUGCGGUGUGAUUCUGGCUCGAAAUAAGCUUGUUUUGUUCGGUCAAAGCUGGGUUGAUCAAUGUGUUGUUGGGUGAACAUACUUUAAGGACAGUCUGUACGAUACUAAACAAUUAUUAAUUCCGCUGCAUUAGUCAGAUUUCUAACCCCCUAGUAUUUUUAGUCUUUGAAAUUGAAGGUGUUUUACAGACACGUACGCUAAGCUUAGCUAGCCCGAGUAACAAAGCCCAGGACGGUAACAACACCCGAAUGUAGCUGUUCUUAGUGUUUACAUCUGCCAAUAAAUAUAUGUCGAUUUUUGUUGCUUGUAGUUCGUAAGUUUAGACACUUUAGACUGCAUGAUCACUUUAAAAUCAACCAGAAAGCUAGACAAGUCUGACCUAGUGCCAGUGCUAUACGGAUGUCAACUGAUCUAAUUAUAGUUCAUAUUGAAUAUUUGAUUUUAAGCCAGUGUCAUAAUUUGACACACCACAUUUCGAAUUCCAAUGAAAUUCAAGGCAAGCGAGUAAGAUAUUUUGUUUAAGACCUCAAAUGCAUCAUAUUUGAGGCAUUAUAUCUCAUCUCUCUUGUUGAUUGUACAUUUAGGUUGGUCUCUGCUGUAGUUGGUGCAACUUUGAGGAAUAUCUAGUUAGUAUAUUUACUGAGGGAUUUUAGUACUUCAAAUUCGGUCGCUUCCGUUCGGUUCGCUACCUCGCGGUUAUAUUUAGACGUAUAAUGAGCUGUCAGGGCUCGUCGGUGGAGAAGGGGGUGAACGGCGUCCUGGUUUGUCAGGAGAGUUAUGCCUGCGGUGGCUCCGACGAGGCCGCCUUCGAGUGCGACGAAUGCGGCAGCCUGCAGUGCGUCCGCUGCGAGCUGGAGCUCCACCGUCAGGAGCGCAUGAGGAACCACGACAGGAUCCUAAUCUCACCUGGACACGUACCCUACUGCGAUUCAUGUAAAGGGGACGGGGGCGUUCCGAACGGGGGUCGCCUGAGAGCAGUGGUCCGCUGUCAGGGAUGUAAAAUCAACCUGUGUUUGGACUGUCAGAAGCGGACUCACAGCGGGGUCAGUAAAAGAAAGCACCCUCUCACCGUCUACCCUCCUUCGAAACCCGCGGAGAAGAACUGCAGCACUGGAGAUGAACAGCUGGAUGCGUUGAAAGCUAAACUGGAGCAAGUCGCCAGCUUUCUUCUAGUGGAUGAAAAGGAAGAUAUGCAAGUGAAGGAUGAGGAGUUCGUGAGGAAAUUAGCCUGCAGGCCCGAGGAGCUCUUGAAGGUGGUGUCCAUUUUCGGCAACACUGGAGAAGGCAAAUCCCACACCCUCAAUCACACUUUCUUUUUGGGUCGUGAAGUUUUCAAGACAUCUCCAACCCAGGAAUCCUGCACUGUUGGGGUGUGGGCAGCACUGGACCCUGUCCAUAGGGUGGUGGUUGUUGACACAGAGGGUCUCCUGGGGGCAGGAACUAACCAAGGACAGCGAACCCGCCUCCUUCUGAAGGUGCUUGCGGUCUCUGAUCUGGUCAUCUAUCGGACACAUGCUGACCGGCUACAUGAUGAUCUUUUCAAGUUUCUUGGAGAUGCAUCAGAUGCGUAUCUAAAACAUUUCACGAAGGAGCUGAAAGCCACAACUGCACGCUGUGGUUUGGAUGUGCCCCUUUCGACUUUGGGUCCUGCUGUUAUAAUCUUCCAUGAGACAGUCCACACCAAGUUAUUAGGCUCAGACAAGCCAUCAGAAUCGGCCGAGCGGCUUCUUCAGGAACGUUUCAGAAAGCUUGGCCUCUUUCCGGAAGCAUUCAGCUCUAUUCAGUACCGGGGAACUCGAACCCACAACCCCCCGACUGACUUCAGCGGUCUGCUGCGCAGCGUGGAGCAGCAGUUAGACAACAACACUACACGAUCUCCACGGUCUGCCAGUGUCAUCUAUAAAGCCUUGCAGGCUUUGAGUGAGUGCUUCAGUGGAGAGAUUCCUGAUGAGAAUCUGGCAAGCAACUCUUUUUUUCCAGAUGAAUACUUUACCUGCUCCAGCAUCUGCCUCAGCUGUGGCUCAGGCUGUAAAAACAGCAUGAAUCACCUACGAGAGGGUGUGGCGCAUGAGGCCAAACACCGCUGUCGCUAUUCAGUCCACUAUGAUAAUCGCAUCUAUACCUGCAAGGCUUGUUAUGAGAGUGGCAAAGAGGUGAUUGUGGUUCCAAAGACGACGGCAUCCUCUGACUCACCAUGGUUUGGCUUGGCCAUAUACGCCUGGUCCGGAUAUGUGAUCGAGUGUCCAAACUGUUCGGUUAUCUAUAGAAGUAGGCAGUACUGGUAUGGGAACCAGGACCCUGUUGAUACAGUGGUUCGGACUGAGAUCCAGCAUGUCUGGCCAGGGUCCGAUGGAUUCCUGAAGGACAACAACAACGCUGCGCAGAGGCUGCUGGAUGGUGUGAACUAUAUGGCUCAGUCUGUUUCAGAGCUAAGCGUCAAGCCUGCCAAAGCCGUCACUGCCUGGUUAACAGACCAGAUUGCCCCUGCUUACUGGAAGCCCAAUUCUCUCAUCAUUAGAUGUAAAAACUGUGGAGUGGAAUUCCAAGAUAAUGAUACGAAGCACCACUGUCGGGCUUGUGGAGAUGGUUUCUGUAAUGGUUGCUCCUCUAAGACACGGCCAGUCCCUGAGAGAGGUUGGGGCCUGGCGCCUGUGCGAGUCUGUGAUGCCUGCUUUCAAAACAGAGGAAUCCCAGAAGAACUACUGGAUGCAGCGCUGGAAGAGGAGCAAGGUGGGACUCUGAUCGCCAGGAAGGUGGGAGAAGCUGUUCAGAGCACAUUAGGAGCGGUAGUCACUGCUAUAGACAUCCCUCUUGGUCUGGUAAAAGAUGCCGCCCGUCCAGCAUAUUGGGUCCCUGACCAAGACAUCCGUUGCUGCCACCAGUGCCAGCGUGAGUUUAAUGUCCGUCUCUCUAUUCAUCACUGCCGUGCAUGUGGACAAGGAGUAUGUAACGACUGCUCCCCUGAUCGCCGGGCCGUGCCCUCCAGAGGUUGGGACCAUCCUGUGCGGGUGUGCAUCACCUGCAACCAGAAAUCUGGAGAGCUCUAGCAGAACCGAACAUCACUCCGCAUUAUAAGACACCCCCGUAUGUGGCCACAGCGCUUCAGGACGUGUUGGAAGGGAAAAAAGCACUGCUCUCAAACCAAUGAAUGAUUGUUUGAGAGGAACAUCUCUGCUUUUUGUCCCAACACGUCAUUCACGUCAUGCUCCUCAGCUCUACAUAAGCUGUUCACAGUUUAAUAUAUGUAAUGGCCUACAUAUUUUCUUCUUUUAAAGGUUAAAUCCAGCAAGAAAAUAAAUCUGUCAAACCCUCGACAAACCUUUGUCUACCAUGCAAUACGUUACCUUUGGGCAGGCCCAGAUGGAACGUUGGAAUGAGCAUUUUUGGGAAAAUCAGCAGAAUGGGUUUAAACAUGGUUGAAAAAAAAGUGUUAAACAUGAUCAAAGAUGCAAAAUAU